AUGGCGUCAGAGCAUCCACAUCCGGACGGGGCUGAGGACCCGGACGAGGAUUUGGCGAGGUACGCCUCGUUCCAUGAGGAGGGAAGCGCGUUUCGGCGGGUGGAUACGACGGCAUCUUCAACGCUGCCGCCGUUUCGAGAAACUUAUGCAGAUCUCAUGGACGAUUUCGGCUACGUCGGAAACGCCGUGGAAUUUGAAGGCUCCGAUGCCAACGAAUGGUGGGAGUGGGACACGGACGAAUGGACUGAAGCACCCUCCGAAUACGAGUGCUCCGAGGUCUCUCCGCAAACACCUGGCUUCGUUGUCGCAGACACUCCAACUGCUGUGGCGAUUGAUACCACGACCAACGCUCUCACCACACCGAGGCAAAUCACCAACCGAACAACGAGCGGCAGAGUGGCUGGCCUCAGUCCCGGUGGUGAUCAACUGGUGCCGAAACUGGCGACGCAGCUCUCUGGUCGGAUGGGUCGAAACGGGCUAAAUAGAAACGCCAGCCGACGGUCGUCACCAGGUUCUCACCCGCAGGUGAGUCCGAGAGGCUCACCAAGGACGACUCCCAGAGGUCUUUCAGGCGGGAUAGGUUCUCCCGGCCGAAGCGGGCCAAUUGACCCCGCAGGCACCCCUAGGCAUGAGACGCCGCGAGCCACCAUGACUAAAAUUCCACUUGUUGACUCGCCUCGAUCCGUGCCACCAGAACGGAAUGGCACAGGCCGUGAUGGUACGGGUCGGGAAGACACCACCACUCCCCAGACCGCGAGACGACCUCCACGUUCCGUGACCUCCAAGUUCAUUGAUACGCGGAGGCUUCUAGGACCGACUUGCCCGGAAGCGGAGGUGCCCGCAGACCACCGCGAUAGCAGUCGUACACGAAAACACGGUAUUGGAGAGGAUCAACACACGUCCACGGAUGCUGUGUCGCGGAGCAUUGAUCGGUCUCCAGGCCGAGUCCCGCGUUCAGCCAGGGCCGGACACAGUCCCGUUCGGAAUGGCUCCACUCACGGCGCUCGGUUCGUAGACGAAGAGGACCCGUCUGUCGCCGAACAUCAACCCCCCGCUACCCGUCGCAGACCCGCCACAGCCUCCCGAGCGAGUCGCGGCCGAGGAGAGAGUCACGGUCGAGGAGAGAGUCACGGUCGAAGAGAGAGUCACGGUCGAAUAGAGAGUCACGGUCGAGGGGAGAGUCACGGUCGAGGGGAGAGUCACGGUCGGGGGGAGAGUCGCGGCCAUCGCGAGAGUGACGGCCACCGAGAGAGUCGCGGCCAUCGCGAGAGUUCGAGCCGUCGAGAGAAGGACGAAGCUGCGUCGGGAACAAAAAGAACCCCCGUCGCCCACCGACAGCGCGUUAACAGUCAUCAUGGUGGGGGUCUGGAGAUCAACCGGGCAUCCGGGGGCGUGGCGCAUGGGCCGGGGAGUGGCAUUUCGCGCGUUAGUCACGGCUCAAGGGCGAGCCACGGCUCCAGAGCAAGUCACGGCUCCAGAGCAAGUCGUGGGGCCCGAUUGCGCUCCCGGUCGUCGGUGAGUGGCGUGUCGUCCAGCCGAUCCGGCUCACCGGAUCACAGACGCAGAGACCGGUCGAGGGGAGGCCGAAGACGUCGGCCAGAGGACCUUCAUUUGACGAUGGAGGGCUCUAGUGCUGCGCCUUCCAGCCUGGACCAUUCGAGCCUAGGCCAAUCGAGCCUAGGCCGAUCGAGCUUGGAUCGGGCAAGUCUUGGUUGGUCCUCCCGUCGGCGAAAUGCAUCGCCCGAUGGGGCCGGGCUUGGCGGUGCCAAAGACACGUUGGCUACUAGGCGAAAACGGUUCCAAAGUUCGCCUCAGGUCAUGAUCGUGGGACCAGGACAGUUUGGCAGCGGGUACGGACAGGACGAGGGGGCAGGAGGAGGAGAUUACGAGAACAGAAAGCACCGCGAGCAUCGCAGAAGGGCUGCUUCAACGUGGGACGUAAGAUCCAAACACGUCGAUGACCAUUCCGGCCUCCGCUAUGAUGGCCGUCCCGGUCUCCGAUACGAUGAUCGCCACGGUCUCCGAUGCCACGAGACUCUGACUACCGAUCGCGGGUCGCACGGUCGGCACUCGCAGGGUCGGCGAGACGGAGACGACCGCCACCGCAAAGCACCAGCCGACUCUCGUAGGGGAAGCAACUCUCGAAAGGGAAGCGACAGUUACCAGGAGUCCGUGACGGUGGUCUCAACCACCGUCAGCGGAUCCACGAUUGGUUCGGCUGCCCGAAACCAUAUGAAGUCCAGCGUUGUGUUUGCGAGCGAGGAAUCCGUAAAACCUGGGUUCAAGACGUCGCCCGUGAAACCGGCCCUAAAACGAGGGGCUUCCAAGUCGAAAACCGAAACGCCAAACAGCAUCAGCAGUAGCUUCCUUGGAGUGGGCUUCGCAAUUGACAGUUCUAGAGACAGCCACAGAGACAGUCACAGAGACAGCCACAGAGACAGUCAUAGACAAGACCCACGAGACAGUAUCGCUAGACCCGAGAGGACACCACGUGAGUCAGAGGCUCGGACGCGUGUGCCGGAGCUCUGCUUAACUAAGUCUGCCGCUGCGAUGUCGAACACAGAGCUGCAUGACUCCGACUCCGAUGACCACAUGUUCACCUACGAACCCCUACCAUCCCCGGUCUAUCGUCGAAACAAACUCGCUGCGGGAGCGAAGAACGCAGCGAAAAGCACAAUCGGCGGAGUGCAGCAUGGCAACCGCCUGGCCAAGAUGGUCACCCUGGAAAAGGUCAACAACGACCUCGGAGUUCUCGCGGCUGGUGACAACAGCUUCUCCAACGCUCUGCAAACCAAGCCGCUCAGCUUCCCCGCCGGAGGACUCAGAGCAGCCGCGUCCUCGCAUUUCGAGUCGUCGCAGUCAGCCACUGCGAGCUUUAUUUCCUCACGCAGUUGA